AUGACUACAAGUGAAACUUUAAAUUAUAUUUCACAACAACUUAAUAUAUAUCUUGGUAUAGCAAUGUUCAUUUUUGGUAUCAUUGGUUCUCUAUGGAAUAUGCUUAUAUUUCGUCAUUAUUAUUUUCGUUUAAGUUCAUGUUGUAUAUAUAUGUUAGCUGGUUCUAUAGCUAGUUUAAUUCAAUUAAUAUUUGGUUUAUUAAUUCGAAUAUUAUCUGAAGGUUUUAAUAUUGAUUUAGAUUUAACAAAUAUAGCAUGGUGUAAAAUUCGAAAUUAUAUAACAUAUUGUGCAUCUUUAACAGCUUUAUCUUGUUUUGUAUGGACGUCUAUAGAUAGAUAUCUAUCUACAUGUCGUCAAAUAAAAUGGCGUCUUUUAAAUUCACUCUUUGUAGCUAAACAAAUUUGUUUAUUAACAAUAAUUCUAUGGAUGUUAAUCAAUAUUCCAACUCUUGUUUAUAUGAAACCUAUACAUAUAAUAAAAAUUUGUACAAGUUCAUCUAUAAUAUGGUCGAAUAUAUUAAUUUAUUUCAUAAAUUUAUUUUGUUAUGGAAUAUUUCCAUGGUUUUUUAUGAGUAUAUUUGGAGUAUUAACAUUAAGAAAUCUUCGUCAUAUUCAUCAUCAACGUAUUAGUCCAAUAUCGGCAGCAUUAACUACACGUAUGACACGUAUUGAUCAUCAAUUAACAUCAAUAUUAUUUUCACAAAUAAUUAUUUCUAUGAUAUCAUCAAUACCUUAUCUUAUACAAAUUAUUUAUGCUAAUUUAACACGAUCAGUAGUUAAAGAUACAUAUCGUCAAGCACAAGAAAAUCUUUAUUAUGAAAUAGUUUGUCUUGCUUUUUACUUGAAUUAUGUAUCAAUGUUCUAUGUUAAUUAUAUAUCAUCAACAAUAUUUCGACGUUUAUCAAGAAAAGUUUUAAUUAAUUUAUUUAAGAAAAAAGAAGAUGUAUCAAAAGGAAUAACAUUAGUUAAUCAUCAACGAAAUAAUAAACAAUCGAGACAUAAAAAACUAAAAAUUUUUACAACUCAUUUUCAUCGUACAACAUCUAUUCUUUAA